GCGGUGCAUUACGUCGCACGUUGCAGCUUACGACAUGAUGUGGAAAAUAGCAAUGUCGGAGGUAGGUAAAUCACUCCAGUCAGUGGUGCAGCGGGUGAACCAGGCUGCGUCCCGACGACCCAAGGUACGUUGCGGCCAGGACGCUACCAACUGUGCCACCUCGACUUGUUGCUGUCAGCAAAACCAAACCUCCUGAGAUGGUGGUGGAGGCCUACAACCAAGGCCAGCGUAACUUUGGAGAAAAUUAUGUUAAUGAACUUGUGGACAAAGCUUCAGAUCCUAUGAUUUUAGAAUCAUGCCCUGAAAUCAAGUGGCAUUUCAUUGGUCAUCUUCAGAAGAAUAAUGUAAACAAACUCCUGGGCGUGCCAAAUUUGUUCUUGGUGGAGACCGUAGACUCGGCAAAACUGGCCGACAAGGUCAACAGCUCAUGGCUGCGUAUCAGAGGAGCGAGCACGCAGAGGUUAAAGGUCAUGGUGCAGAUCAACACCAGUGGCGAACAAAGUAAAUAUGGCCUCCCACCAGAGGAAACUGUCAAUACCGCGAAGCACAUUAUGUCGGAGUGCUGCGCCCUGCAGUUCGCUGGACUCAUGACUAUCGGGCGCUAUGGCUACAACCUCACCCUGGGCCCAAAUCCAGACUUCCAGAUGCUUGUGAGUCAGCGGCAGGAGGUUUGUGAGAGUCUGAAGCUUCCUCUGGAUGAGGUGGAGCUCAGCAUGGGUAUGUCCACAGAUUUUGAACAUGCGAUCGAGGUUGGGUCUACUAACGUACGGGUGGGAAGCAUCAUCUUCGGCAACAGGGAGUAUCCCAACAGCGCAGCCAACACUCCGAUUCCCAGUCCCGCACCUAGCCCGGAAAAAACAUCCAAGCAGGUUUCAGAAGAGGCCGCCAAGAAAAUGCAGCACCUGACAGUCUGAAUCUGAAUACUAAUAAGUUGUCAAUUUCCUUUGUAAGAGAAAUAAUAAUAAUAAUAAUAAUACGGUACAUUUUAUUUACAAGUGUAAAUUGUGCUCAUAAGAAGAGUGUGAUAACCCCCCACCCACAGACACACACACAUUGGGUUAGGAUUGCCAAAUGAUUCCUUAUAAAUAAAUAAAUAAAUCAUCUCAAUGUCCCUUUCUGUUAUGUCAGUGAAACAAAGACUUAUUUUAAUAAAUCUCGUCCCUUUAUAAUGACUUUUGUGUAUUUAGUGUUGAGGUCGAGAAGUCAAGUCAAAAAAUGUCUUCGUAUGAUCUAUGCACGCCCACUUGUCUAAGCAUGACAUUCCGAUUAAUAUUAACUUUGUGGAAUAUGAAUUCAGCAGUAAUUAUGAUUGAAUUAUUGUCCAUGUUUUAUGUUAUGUGUUCUGUUGUAUAAUUUUACAUUAUUAUUUUUAAGUUCUUUAAAGCGUUUUGCUCCAGCUGUUGUGUAAGCGCGAUAUAAAUACAAAUUUAUUGUAAAAUCGAUCUGUUUUUCCUCCUCUCAUAGAGCGACCAUUUUGCCAGGUGCCGUCGACUGAAAAUGACAUCACACUUGCUCAGGUAAUGACCAAUCACGGCUCACUUGUUUUCAAAUGUUGGUCAUGUGAUGUCAUUUUCAGUCAACAAAGGUGACAAAACACCCCGAGAUGGAGAGAAAACAAAGAUUGAUUUUGCUGCUUGAAUCAUAUUCCUACACCAGCAACAUGAAAUCGUUUAUUGUCAUUGAUGGCUAUAGAAUUCAUAACAUCGUUUGAUUUACCAUGAGCUGGCAGUGAAUGAGUCAGGGUACUGUGUUUAAACUCGUGAGGCAGUAUAGAACAUUGAUUAGAAACUUACCCUGAGGGAACCAUAACUAGAGCAAUAAACUUCACUUUUAGAAAUAU